GGCAGACAGACAGGCAGGCAGACAGACAGACAGGAAGGGAGAGGGAAAGUCAUCUCAAACAAACUCAUUUGCAUAGCGAGAUUAGAACGUCAAAAUGUAGUUUGCGCAGUAUAAUUUUGUAUGCUUCAAGAUCGUAAUGGUCUUGUUGUGUUAGGUCGCUCAUGAUGUCAACGUUUGAUUAAAAUGGAAAAUAUAUGGACAGACAGACAGACAGACAGACAGACAGCGAAGCAAUUGCAAAGUACGUGCUAUUGAAAUAGUCUCUCACAUGGCCUUUGCACACAUGUACAAUCCUUGCCUAAUUAUUAACCGACCAGCCAACGUGCGCGAGCACAGUGUGACGACCUAAAUCGGGAAAAACCGCAUUUAAAAAUAGUAACGCUAUCGCGCACGAAAAACCGGACCGCGAGGCAACCGCAUCCAAAUAUGUGAUCACCAGAGCAUCGUAUGAUCCCAACCGCCCAAUCGGAAUGAAGCGCACUAAUCAAGUACAUCCACCCGACCUCACUCAAUACACUACUACUCUCACAUCGGCCAACGAUGCAAGCACCGCGUCUCAUCUCGCUCAACAAACAAGAGAACCGGCCGCCGGCCGAAGUCUCCGACACCGUCGACUCUUACCUCCAAUUCUACGACGAACGCAAAGGCUCGAAGCUCUCCGAGCGACGAAAAAACGCCGUCGAGGUCGUCACCAAGUUCUACAACGUCGUGACGGAUUUCUACGAGUAUGGUUGGGGUCAGUCGUUUCAUUUCUUUCCGGUCAAGAAGGGAGAGACAUUCAAUGAAGGCCAGACCACUCAUCAACAUCGGAUGGCGCUCAAGGGCAAGAUCGGCACGGGAAUGCGCGUUCUGGACGCCGGGUGUGGCAUUGGUGGACCUGGACGUGAGAUUGCCUCUCUUGCUGAAGCGAAAGUAACCGGACUCAACAUCAGUUCCUACCAAAUACAACGUGCCCGGGCGAUCACCAAGAAGGAAGGACUAGAGCAUCUGUGUGAUUACGUUGAGGGCAGUUACACUGACAUCCCAUUUGAAGACAACACUUUCGAUCGAGUCUUUACUAUCGAAUCGAUUUGCCAUGCAGGAGACAAACGGCAAGUGUUCAGUGAGAUCUAUCGCGUCCUCAAGCCCGGCGGCCUCUACGUUAGUCACUACUGGGCCCUCACCGACAAAUACGAUGAAACAAAUGCAGAGCACAAAGAGGCAAUCAAAUUCAUAGUGGAAGGCAAUGCUCUUCCCGAGCUGCAAUACAUGUCCACCAUACAACAGCUAGUGCGAAACUCUGGUCUCACUCUCGUAGAAGCCGGCGACUUCAACGACUUAUCACAAACACCGUGGUCCGUAUACCUACAAAGCCCAGGAACAUUCAGCGUCCAAAACUUCCGAAGUAGUUGGUUGGGUCGAACCAUAACCCACACACUACUCUCUCUCCUGGAGACUAUCCAUGUAGCUCCGAAAGGCUCCGUUCGUUCACAUCAAGUUUUGUUGACGGCAGCAACAGGACUCGUCCGUUCCCAACAGUUGGGAAUCUUCACUCCAAUGGGGUUUUUCGUUGCUAAGAAACCUGAAGAGUAAAGAAUCUCUACGUGACACAGUGAGUAAUGUAAAGUCUCUUGAACUAACGUUGAAGUAGCCUGGGAGGAGGAGAGAGUUAAUGGAUCAAAUCUAAACGGACUAAUCCAAAUGAUUGUAGCUGGUGCCCUCGUGUGGGAUCCGCCCACACAUUGUUUUUCAGAGUGUAGUCAAUGUUUGUUGCGAUAGUAGACGUGAUUUUUAGAAUCCCGAUAUUGGUGUCGAUCUAACUUAUACAAAUGAUGGAAAUAUAGUACAAGUGUGUACGUAA